CUUGCCAUGCUGGAAGUUAAUUGCUGGAUUGUACGACUUGGUUGUGUUCAAAUGGCAUGUGUGACGCAAUCGUGCUUUAAGAUUAACUAUAAAAAGCUAUGGUUUUUUAACAGUUCUAUUCAAUUUCGAAAAGCUGUGAAGAAGUGAACUAGUGAACAAAUAAAAAUAAAUACAAUAUGGGUUUGUGGUUAUCUAAAUUGUACGAUGUAUUUUCUGAAUUUUCUGGAUCAACACCAGCAAGAAUUCUGAUGUUAGGAUUGGACGCAGCAGGAAAGACAACAAUUCUUUAUAAGAUAAAAUUAAACGAGAGUGUUCAUACAAUUCCUACCAUUGGCUUUAAUGUUGAGACCGUCAGUCCAGUGAAGGGUGUCAGCUUCACUGUGUGGGAUGUUGGUGGCCAGGAGAAAAUCAGACGUCUGUGGCAGCAUUAUUAUCAGAAUACAGAAGGUCUCAUAUAUAUUGUUGAUAGUAAUGAUAAAGAGAGACUUUCGGAAGCUAAAGAUGAACUUGAUGGGAUUCUCAACAGUGAUGAAAUGAGAGGUGUUCCAGUUGUAGUGGUGGCCAAUAAACAAGAUUUACCUCGAUCUAUGAGUCCAUCAGAAGUGGCAGAUGGUCUUGGUUUACCAAAAAUGACUGGCAGAAAAUGGUACAUUCAUGGAGUAUGCGCAACUACAGGUGAAGGAAUCUUUGAGAGCAUGAAGGAGAUGGCAAACUUAGUGAAAAAUAACAAAAAGUAUUGAAAUUUCACAUCUUAAUACAAGUUAUGUGAACAUAAAGAUGAUUAAGGGACUCCAGGAUGUCUCGAACCCCUAUCUUCUGAACUCUUCGAUAUCAAUCGGUGUGCAACAGAAAUGGAAAUAUCGAUCCCAAAUCAAAGUGAGGAGCAACUGAAAUUAGUGGAUUGUGCAAUAUAAUUGAUUGAACUAAGAAAGAUGAAUAAAACGAUAGAU